AUGACGCUUGAAUUUGGGCAUUCCUCGACGGUGUCAUCCUCGAACAAAUACUUGGAGCCCGAAGAUGAAGAGUUGUCGGAUAUCGAGAUUCCAGACGAAUAUGAAGACGAGAUGGAGUACGACUCGAACACAAACGCCCCAAUCAUACGACUUAAGGAUGGACCAAUUGCUUCUGGAGAGGGGAGGAUACCGAUAUCCAAAAAUGGAAUUUCGCUAAAGUUUGCUCUCUCUCCCAUGGACAAUCGCGGAGCUGUUUAUCUCUCAUCCAUCGACGGUGAGAAGCCUGAAAACAUCAACACACAUAUAUACCCUUUUCAAGUCCCAGGUUCGGUAAACUCUGAAGCAUACAACAGAUAUUCAGAGGAUUGCUUCAAGAAUUUUGAGGACAUUCUUAAGAACAAGAAGUACAAGUCCAUGAGCUCAGAUCUGGAAGUUGGUGUACCCAGUCUCUUGAAGGAGAUGAAGAGGACUAAAGCCGAAACGCUUGACAGACACCUGAUCUCUUUGAUCACGGAUCUUCAAAGACUGAUAGUCACUACCUUGGACGCGGACGAAGUCGAUGAGUCCGAAGCACGGGGAUUUGAAACUGCUAUUACCGUGCUGAACCUUUUCAGAUCACUCAACUUCAGCCGUAGGGAAGAGAGAAUCGGAUUGCUGUGUAAUUGGGUGAACAGAGCCGAUUUGCUGCCAUUUGAAGAGUUAGAAAAUGAGUUUUUGUCGGAGAGCGAUGGGUUCAGCAACAUCCUAUUCUGGAGUUCGCUGGUUCAAAGACUCGUGAUGAGAGGACUAUUCGAUGAAGCAGUCACAGUUAUUGGAAAUUCCGGCUAUGAGACUCUGGAAUCAAGUGAUCCCAAUCUCUUCCUGUUUAUAAGCGAUUUCUGUACUCUUUUGUCUAGUUACGAUUCUGUCGGUUUUGCGAUCGAUCAGGAUGCGUUUCUGGAGUGGAAGCAGUCCAUGUGUCAGCUACGUGAUAAGUUUGGAAAGAUCGAGUCUGAUCCUAAAUACCAGUAUUUUGGGGUUGCAAGACAAUUAGAGAUAUUACUGGCCAUAGCUUCGGGUUCUCCUGGAGUGAUAAGAGAAAAUACCCGUGCAUGGUACGAGGCACUGGUUGCUCAUUAUCUGUUUGUUCUCCCUGACCCUACGGUCAUACAGGAAUUCUUCAGGGAGUACAAGACGCAGAUAUACUCUGAUCCUACAAGUUUUACAUGGGAGGCUGCUUGCAUCAACUUACUGGAAGGAAAUAUUUUGAGUGUCAUCAGUGAGCUAGAGCCCCAAGAGAAAUGUACAGCCACAUAUCUCUCCGUUCUGUGUGAAGCCGGUGGAUUAUUUGAGGAAUAUCUAGAGCUACUAGGUGAUGGAAACAAUGCCUAUAACAAACGGUUUUUGGAAAAUACCGACUCUAUGCUCAAGAAUCUGGCUCUGUCCUACUUCAGCACUCAAAAGCUGAUACCCGUUGGAAUCGGUAUUUUAUGGAAGAUGAACGAACCAGAUGCCAGACAGAUAAUUGCAGAGAUUCUCCCAAGAUGGUACUGUGCCAACACCGAUGAGUUUGAGUACUGUCUUGCUAUUUGCUCGGAGCUGAGACUCUCUGCCACAUCUGCCCAGCUCUACAAGCAACAGGGCCAGAUCUUGAAGGAUGAGGGUUGGUUACUUGAGAGCUUGAACAUGUUCAGUCUGUCAGGCGAUAUUGGGAUCACUGCGCGCAAAUCCUGGGAGUUAUUUGAGAGUGCGUUGGUGCUUGGCACGAAGGUUAAUGAUCGUUCACUCGAGCAGCUGAUUGAUAAUCCAAGCAUUGAGGUGCAUCCUGUUUUGAGACAGUGCAUCUCUCCAUACGCAGUUUUGGCUCAAUUCUACGAUCUGAAAAAUCAGGGAGAGAUCGAGCUGGCGAUCGGCAAGCUUGUGUCUCUGAUAAGAUUCCCUUACAUGCAGCAGCAUUGCACUCCAUUGCUGCUUGCACAGUUUGUUCCGUUCCUGGGAUAUUCUUCUAAGGGAAAUCAAUCAGAAGUGUUGCGCCGUGUAUUCAGCCCGGAACAGCUGAUAAUAAUAAUCGAGCUGCUCAACGGAUUUGACGAGAAGAUGCACCAGAAGGAGCCGUUCUUGGAAACUGUUAUUGAAAAGAGCAGGGAGCUGUUUGAGAUUGCAGUGUCGCAAAGGGCGAUAGAAAGGGCCUUGUCCAACCCCUCUGACUGGCGUACACAGGCCAGGAAGCUGAACAUAACGGUUCCCCGUGAUGUGAAGAGUCUUAUCACCUUGUUGAGAAAGAGCAUCGCCAUGGAAGAGGGUCAUUUGUUUCUACAAUGA